UUGAACUUGACAAUUCAUUGCAUUACCGAAGGAAGCUGAAGGUGAAGAAGAUCUUAUGGUUGGCUCGGUGUAAUAAACACAGCAGAAUUUGGAAAAAGUGAUAAAAUAGUCUAUUGAAGCAGAAGGCCACAUUUUCUCUUUUUCUAAGACACGAUUAGUAACCAUGGGAUUCUACGUGACGCAUAGAAUGGUGCGACAUUUUCGUCCGAUUUGCUUCCAGCUAUCCGUUCGGUUUUUCUCCGUAUCCGAUCAGCAGCAGACUCGUCUGGCAGAGGUGGGGAAGUUGGAGCUACCAAAAGCCCAAGGAAAAUAUGAAACCGGGCAGCUGUUUUUGCAUCGUGUUUUUGGGUAUCGCGGAGUAAUAUUGUUCCCCUGGUUAGCUCGGGUUUACGAUCGAGAUUUACCUACUCAAAAUAAAGGAGGACAAAACGAAGCUGUGACGGCAACUGCUUCCGGAAGUGACUCAACCGUACCACCGAAUGGUAACAAGGAAGUACAGAAAAAGACGCACACUUUUUACCAGGUCCUAAUAGAUCAACGCGAUUGUCCGUACAUUCGAGCUCAAACAGAAGCCGUUACGUUUCUAGGGAAUCAAGAAUCUAGCAGAAGUUUAUACGCGAUUCCAGGCUUAGAUUAUGUUGCUCAUGAGGACAUUUUACCAUACAGUUCAGGAGAUCAACAUCCGCUGCAACAUGAACUGUUCGAUAAAUUUCUGGCACAUCAACCAGAUAAAGAUCCACCCUUCAAUGCGCAGGACACUUUGCGUGCAUGGCAGAGAAAGAAUCACCCAUGGCUUGAGCUUUCCGAUGUACAUAAAGAAACCACUGAAGGAAUUCGGGUGACGGUAAUUCCUUUUUAUAUGGGCUGUCGAGAGACACCAGCAGCAUCAGUUUAUUGGUGGCGUUACAGCAUCCGCCUGGAGAAUCUUGGAGAACUGAGUGUACAGUUGCGUGAACGUCAUUGGAGGAUCUUCUCUCUGUCGGGUACAUUGGAAACUGUUCGUGGCCGUGGUGUAGUUGGGCAAGAACCGGUUUUGAGUCCACGCUUGCCCGCGUUUCAGUACAGUUCACAUGUCAGUUUACAAGCACCGAGCGGUCACAUGUGGGGAACCUUCCGCAUGGAACGGGAAGACGGCCACAUGUUCGACUGUCGCAUUCCGCCCUUUUCCCUUGAGAGUAAGCCCGAUGAUAGCGGCAAUUCUACAGACGACUCCACCACAAAUCUGAACGGUACCGAUACUACGACAACGACAAAUCCAUCCGGUGGAACGAAUCCAAGCGAAGGAGGAAGUAAUAAUUCAGCAAUCUGACAUCUUAUGUAAGAUAUAUGUGAAGGAUAUUUAUUCAACAACCCUCUUUGAGAGGCUAUGUACCAUCUCAAAAUGCGUAUUUACCAUAAAAUUACAUAAAAUGCCAACGCCGAGUGCAAACGUAUUGUAAAUAUUAAAUUUUCCGAAAUUACAUGGCACUUAACGACAAAUCGAAAAUAACAAUGAGUUGAGAAUAAAGCAUUUCGAACAAUGACA